UUCUGUUCACGCCCAAAGUAUCCCGAGAACUUUGAAUAGCUCUCAAGCGUUUUUAUUUGCUCACAUUAAAAAGCAAAAUUUUCCGAAACGGUGCCGGACUAUCGGGCAUUCCGGAUUAUUGGGGGCCGCAUUUCUACGGAUUCUAUGUAAAUCUCAAAAUGGCAAAAGAAGAUGGUGAUAGAGAAAAUGAUGUUCCGCUUGCAAAUAUUGUGCCUAAAAUUGAAGUACCUGAAAGUGAUAAACAGGAAGGACAGGCAGAAUUAAAUAGAGAAGCUAUGGAAGCCACAAAUCAUGUACCAGCAAAUUUACAUAAUAUGAAGGAAUCAAAUGCUUUCCCAUCAAGUACGGGAACGAAUGAUAAUUGUAAUACAUCAUCAGAUAUGACAACAUCAUGUCCUGAUUUGUCUGAUACAUUUUCAAGCAAACCUUCAACUUCAUCUACAUUUGGAUCGUGUUCAACAGUUCCGAUUCGCUUACCUGUGUCAAGGCCUGCACAUACUGAUACGAAUAUGUCCAAAAAUUUGUCUUUUACAAGCUCACCUGAUAGUACUAAUUUUGUCAGUUCAUGUAUAGGAAUAUCUUCAGAUAAUAAAAAUCAAUUUAAUACGAUUAUACCACCACCAACAAGAAGACCUCCAAUGCUAGAAACAAUUGAAUCUGUUUCCGGUAAUGGAUUACAGUUACCAAGAAUAUCUUCAUCAACUUUAAUCAGUUCUGAACAUGAAAGCUCUCCUAUAAAAUCUAUUCCUGUUAUCACAAAAUGGCGUUCCCAAUGUAAUAAGUCAAGCAUUAGAACUUCGGGUGUAAAACAAAAAUCUUAUAUUGGACGAUUGUCAAGAGAUCCUAGUAUUCAAUUAACACCUAGUAAUGCUAAAAAUAUUAAAAUAACAAAUAUUAUAAGAAGAGGAAAAAAUUUCAGAGCAAAACCUGCAUCGAAUGAAAAACCUGCAUUGAAGGAAAAACCUGUUUAUACUACUAUGCAUCAGAUUUUUGGGAGAAAUAGAUUUUUGAACGGAAGAAGAGCAUCUACUUUUAGGAUAAAUGGACUAUGUUGCACUUCUUAGAGCUCCAGCCACAAACUUGGAUGAUUUAAUAAUCAAAACUUAAAAAUUUAGUAUUUUAUUCACAUUUUUGAAGAUUUUAUAUAUGAACAUUUAUAUCAAUUUAUGUAAUAAAUCUCUAUGCAU